UGUUUGUUUAGAGGAAGGUCUGCUGAACUACUAAGAGGGAAGGCAGAUGCAGAGGCAACCCAAGGAACUUGCACCACCAAAUUUCCUUCACCCGCCUUCCAACCAGCAUGAGGAAGGUCUACUAAACUACUAAUAGGGAAGGCUGGAUGCAGAGACAACCCAGAGACAACCCAAGGAACUGCCACCACCUAAUUUCCUUCACCCGCCUUCCAACCACCAUGUUCAUUCUCUUCUCGAUCUUGCUCAUUCUCUCCAGAUUCUCCACAGCGACUACUGAAAGCAAUGUCAAAGCAAUGUUCGUAUUCGGGGAUUCAAUCGUUGAUUGUGGGAACAACGAUUUUUUGGAUACAUACGCGAAAUGCAAUUACUUUCCGUAUGGGGUAGAUUUUAUAUUGCGUGCAACAGGUAGGUGCACCAAUGGAAGAACCCCGGCUGACUUUCUGGGACUGUUCUUGGGCCUGCCUCAUUUCCUGCCGGCUUUCUACGACCCUCAAACCAGAGGAAGCUCCAUUCUCGCCGGAGUAAACUAUGCGUCAGGUGCUUCGGGCAUCCUUGAUUCCACUCGCCAAAGUCUAAAUGUCACAUCUUUGAGCCACCAAAUUGCGAACUUUGGGGAAACAACGCUACCGGAUUUGAAAUCUCAAUUGAAUGGGAGUUUUGCACUGUCUUCCUAUCUCUCUCAGAGUAUAUUCUUCUUCUUGAUUGGAGGAGGCGAUUACAUGGCAAGCUGCACCACAUCAUCAGGCGUGGCUGUAGAGUGUGACUUGCAGAAACUAACAGAAUUGCUCAUUCGAAAUUACACCCACCACCUCAUGAAAGCAUAUGACUUGGGGGCACGAAAAUUCGUGGUAUUUAAUCUCCUGCAAACUGGUUGUGAUCCUUAUUUUAAACAACGCAACAAUGGAUCAUGUGUGGAUUUACUAAAUGAGGGAUCCACUUUGUUCAACAAUGCACUCAGGCCCGCUCUAGAAAAUCUGAGUGAAGACUUGCCUGGUUUUUCUUUUGUCUACAUCAACAUGUCGGGAAUCAUCAAUGUGAUAAUCGAUGAUCCAACUACCUAUGGAUUAAAGCUGACCAAUGAAAGUUGCUGCUUCUUCAACGCGGCCAGUGUAACUGAGUCAUUAUGUGUUGAAGGUGAUGAAGCAUGCCCAGAUAGGAGCAUCUACGCCUAUUACGAUGGGUUACACCUCACAGAAAAGCUUUACAUGCACUUGUCGGCAAAAGCAUAUUCGUCGGAUCUCCAAACUGAAGCCUAUCCCUUCAAUGUUGAAGUGCUAGCCAACCUUGAUAUCUCACUGAUGCUUACAGGGGCGCCAUCAUUUCAUACCCAUGACCAAUAAGAUCUAGAAACGAAGCCAAUUUCAACUAGCACGGCACAAUUGAUAUGGACGUGUUUUACAUCUUGUUUUUCGGUUCUUCUCUUCUAUCAAAAUAACUCAUGUGGGUUGGAACCAUUGGCGUCUCAUCUUUUGUGCUCCUUUUCUUUCAGACUUGUUUGUAUCAGAAUUGUCCUUUUUCUUUCGACGAAUAAUGCUGAGGACAACCCUUGUAUUCAAAGAAAGAUCAGAACUGUCCUUGGACAUAUUUGGCGGCCAGGUG